ACCAUGGAGCCACUGCGGGAGUUGCUGAAGGCGCACUUGGAACACGUUGGCGCGGAGCACGCCGCGCGUCAAGAGGCAGAGGCACACCGGGGCGUUUUCGAGGAUUGUUCCGAGGGGGAAGGCCAGGCGCACCCGAUCGUGGAGAGUGCGUCGGGUGCAUUUGAGGCCACAUUCCAUAGUGAGACCCAGCUGUUGCUGCGUCGCAAGGAGUUCUGGGUGGACCUUAUCCCGCCAGAUCACCAGACCUUGAGCAUGAGAGCGCUUGCGUGUCGGAUGAUAUGGUCAUGCGAUUGCUUAGUCAGCGAGGGCCUGGACGUCCAGCACAACACGUUCCCCAUGAAGUUGUUUCGGUUGCUCGGGCCGAGGGGCGCCGACGUCGACUUGCACAUCCCGCCGUGCUUGUUCGACGAGUGGUCGCUCGAUUUCGUGACGAGGUAUCGGGAUCGCCCUGGAGGAUUGGAAAACGAGGAAGCCAGAGCAGAGCUUCGCCUUGUGGCAAUGCUUGCUGGAGUUAAUAUUGCCCCCGUCGAGGCCACUCAUUCGGCCGUGCGGCGGAGGCUGUUCACGAAGCGCAUUCAGACCUGGGCCCAAGCCUUCGAGGAGCUCUCGGCGGAGUUCCUGCUCGAGCGCAUCCGCCGCUUCGGGAAGGCGUGGGAGGUCGUCGCCAACAGCGAUGGCCCUGGCGCCGAGGGCGCCGUCGAACCUGCAGACCAGGAGACAGCGAAUUGUGGCGAGCAGAGGCCGACCAUGAGGGAGGUCGCCAUCCUUUACCGCAACCUGAGCGAGCAUGAGAUGUCGGAGCUCAAGAGCUUGGCUGUGCUGUGCGAUCGCGCGGUUCAGACUGCGAUGCAGUGUGCGCCAGCUGACAGGCAGCUCGACCUGGGCGCUAUCCAGAAGAUGGCGCGGGCGGCUUUGCAAGCCGAGCAGCUCGCCCUCAGGGCCGACGAUGCGAGGGCCACUGAGUGCCUGGUGAUGUGGCGCGAGGCCGUCAAGGGCAAGGCCGAGGAGUUGUUGGUUUCCGAGAUGGCGAAUUUUGCAGAGUGCAUGGCGACGCUCAGCGCAGCGCCGCACCGAUGCCAGGACCUGUUUGACUUUCGGCACCCCGCUGAGCUCUCAGCGCACGGCGCCGCCUUGGCCAAGGACCAGUCGCUGAAGUCCAACGCGGUGAAGUCGCUGGAGAGCUACUGGGUGGCCUUGCUCCGAGAGGGCUUCCACAGCGCCCUCAGGCAGCUGACGAAAAAGGGGGGCAUGGGUCGCCAGCGCCUUAUCGAUCGUAAGGUGGUCGUUCAUCUUGUGGGAACGCUCCCCGAGAGGGAUGCUGCUGAGUCCGCCUGGGACGAGGCGGAGCAAGAGAAGGGCUGCGCCCUAGACAUCUGGUGGCACGUCGGCGCCACUUCGCUCAGCCCGUACAAGUGCACGUACCGAGUGUUGGACUUCGUGGAGAGGCAGUUGCGGGACGGUUCCGUGGAGAUGCUCUUGAAG